CGGGCCGCCCGGGGGCGUGCGGGCGCCAAGGGCGCCUAGGCUCCGGGCACUGCGGGGUUGCGGGCUCGGCGCCCCAGGGAGGCGGGCGCGUGGCCGCCGGAGCGGCCGCCCCAGCUGGUCGCGAUUGCGGGAUUUAUAAGCUGGAAAUGAGGGUCGCUAGAGCCCAGGGAUGGCAGAGUUUGUGACACUUGGGCAGAAGCUGCAGCUGCAGGGUCCGGGCCGGAGUUAAGUGAUGGUGUCACGUGAGCACCUGCUGAAAACCAGGCGGGAGGAACAGUAACCCCAGGAGAGCACAGGCUGCUGCCGGGAUGCAGGGAUGACGCCUCCGCAGGCCCCAGCCUCCCUCCCGCCUGGGUGCUAGGAGCCGUCCCUGGGCUCCAGCCGGGAGCCCUGCCGCCCAGGGGCAUGGCCAAACCUUUCUUCCGACUCCAGAAGUUUCUCCGCCGGACGCAGUUCCUGCUCUUCUUCCUCACAGCCGCCUACCUGAUGACCGGCAGCCUGCUGCUGCUGCAGCGGGCCCGCGUGGGCCUCCCGCCGGGCCCCCGGGCCCCCGGCCCCCUGCAGGCCCUGCCAGUGGCCGCCGUGGCGCUGGGCGUGGGCCUGCUGGACAGCCGAGCCCUGCACGACCCCCGGGUCAGCCCAGAGCUGCUGCUCGGCGUGGACGUGCUGCGGGGCCCCCUGGCCCGGCCCCGGCCCGGCCCCCGCUGGCUCCGCAGCCGCAACUCCGAGCUGCGCCAGCUGCGGCGCCGCUGGUUCCACCACUUCAAGGGGGACCCCCAGGGGCCGUCCGCCCUGGGCCCCGAGGCCCCCAGGCCAGCCGCCAGCAGCCAAGGCACAUACAUGGGAUGCUUCAGUGAUGACGGCCAGGAGAGAACUCUGAAGGGGGCUGUGUUUUUUGACUUGAGAAAGAUGACCGUCUCCCACUGCCAGAAUGCGUGCGCUGAGCGGUCCUACGUCUAUGCCGGUUUGGAGGCCGGGGCCGAAUGCUACUGUGGAAACCGGCUCCCAGCAAUGAGCAUGGGGCCAGAGGAGUGUAACCAUGAAUGCAAAGGGGAGAAGAGCUCCGUGUGCGGGGGUGUGGGCCGUCUCUCCGUGUACCGCGUGGAGCAGCUGCAGCCCGGCUCCAGGAAGCGAAGGACCGUCACGUACCGGGGCUGCUUCCGACUGCUGGAGAACGUCACCCACGCCUUCCCCGACUCCCUGGUACAGGCCAACGUGACCGUGGAGACGUGUUCAGGAUUUUGCUCCCAGAAAGAGUUCCCCUUGGCCAUCCUCAGGGGCUGGGAGUGCUACUGUGCUUACCCCACCCCCCAGUUCAACCUGCGGGAUGCUGUGGACAGCUCGCUGUGUGGCCAGGAGUCUGAGGCCCAAAGGCUAGCGGAGUACUGUGAGGUCUACCAGACGCCCGUGCAGGAUACCCGGUGCACGGACCGGAGGUUCCUGCCCACCAAAUCCAAAGUGUUCGUGGCUCUGUCGAGCUUCCCGGGAGCUGGGAACACAUGGGCGCGGCACCUCAUCGAGCACGCCACCGGCUUCUACACGGGCAGCUACUACUUCGAUGGAACUCUCUACAACAAAGGGUUCAAGGGCGAGAAGGACCACUGGAGGAGCCGGCGCACCAUCUGCGUGAAGACCCACGAGAGUGGCAGGAGGGAAAUUGAGAUGUUCGACUCGGCCAUCCUGCUGAUCCGGAACCCGUACAGGUCCCUGGUGGCCGAGUUCAACAGGAAAUGUGCCGGGCACCUGGGCUACGCAGCUGACCGCAACUGGAAGAGCAAAGAGUGGCCGGACUUUGUCAACAGCUACGCGUCAUGGUGGUCCUCGCACGUGCUGGACUGGCUCAAGUACGGCAAGCGGCUGCUGGUGGUGCACUACGAACAGCUGCGGCGCAGCCUGGUGCCCACGCUGCGGGAGAUGGUGGCCUUCCUCAACGUGUCCGUGAGCGAGGAGCGCCUGCUCUGCGUGGAGAACAACAAGGAGGGGAGCUUCCGGCGGCGUGGCCGGCGCCCGCACGACCUCGAGCCCUUCACCCCCGCGAUGAAGGACCUGAUCAACGGCUACAUCCGGACGGUGGACCGGGCCCUGCGUGACCACAACUGGGCCGGGCUGCCCCGGGAGUACGUGCCCAGAUGAUAGGCCCCGGCCCGCUCUGCCCACCCUGCUGGGAGCCGGCCGCCCCUGCGGGGCUACGCACGUGCUCCAACGCUCGGGUGCCCCCCUGGGAUGCUCGGGUGCCGGUGCCACCUGCAGGGAGGUUCCCCACCCGCCCCCAGGGCUGCCUGCCUCCCGCACGGGGAGACUGGACGUGAGCCCCGGCCAGGCGGACCCGAUGUCACAGGAUGGACGCGAGGGGACACGCACUCCUAGCCAGACCCGCUUAGACCUGCCACUCGCUGCUCACGGUGCCCCAACGCGCCUACGCCACCACCCCGGCUGUGCCAGACACUCCCAGACUUGCAGACGUGAACGUUGAUGCAGGCGUGUGGCGUCUGCACGUUCCUAGGGGCUGCCUGUCCAUCUCUCCCACACACUGACACACACGUGCACCCUGGGCUCUCGGAGUCCCUGGGCUUCCUGUUUCCAGCCCAGUGCAGGCUUGCUGCUCAGGGGCUUUGACUGGGGGAUACUGGGCUGGGCGAGCUUAGUGCUCUGAGGACCCGGGAGCCCGGCCUGGAGAUGGGCUCACAGCCUGUGCCCGCCGGGCCGGGCAGCCCUGACUGUGCACCUGCGUCCCACAGUGUGUGUGGUGCGAUGACCGGGCCCCGCCAGCUCUGCGGCCCUGCCUCUCCCUUCGCUGGGGGUGGGCUGGUGGCACCAUGGGUGGAGUGGAGCUGCCCACACAAACCCCGCACCUCAGGACCGGCCACAAGUUCUGUGCACCCCCGACCCCCCGUCCAAAAUCAGCACUCCCUGGAGUGGGCGCCUCCUUGCCUGGCUUCUUUCUCCGACUGUCCCCAUAACGCUGGGGACUCGGGCCAUGUCCCAGAAGCAGGGUGUGGGGGCGAGGAGACAGCAGGGCAGGGAAGGGGCUGGGCCUCCAGGGGAGCCCGAGACCUGGGGGCCCCGUACACCAGCAAUGCCAGCAGAAGGGGGCUUGGGGUGGGCAUGGGCAGACCCGGGAGGGAUGAGUCUUGGGUGCCACUGGGGCUGGUUGUCCCCCCUAUGUUGACGGGCCCCUGCUCUCCACGGGGUCGCCCCUGGGUUCAUGAGGAAGGGGGGUGGCAUGGCCUGUCAACCAGGCUGCAGCUCCUGUCUGACCCCACUGGCCCAGCCCUCUCUGUCUCUCUGUUAUUCACCCACCACGUCCUGUCACUGGGCCUCUUUGUUACCCCCUCUGUCUCUGUUUUCUGUGAAGCUAUCUUUCCCACUCGUUCAUCCAAGAAGGGGAAGGGAACUCCUGGGCACUGAUGCCUGCUGCUGUGUACAAGCCUACAGGCCUCCUGAGAAGGUGGAUUCAUAAGGUCCCCUCCCCUCACUGUCUAGUGGGGAUUGGGGAGGGGUUGUCACAAAUGGGAGUGAGAAACCCGGUGACAGAGGAGUGUGUGUGCUGUGCGGGCUCCCAGGGGGUCAGGGAAUGCAUCACAGUGGCUUUGAACUGGUCUUGAGGAACCCGUAGGAAUUAUUCCAGCCACGCAGAGGGGAAGGGUAAUUGAGGCAGAGGGAACAGCAUGUACAAAGGCUCAGAGGCUUAGAAAACCCUUGUAUGUUUUGCAGAAGAGGUGAGUGGGUGUGGGGCGUGUGUCUGUCUGAGUCUGUGCAGCAGGAGGAUGGGAGUGGGUGGGCGAGGACAGAGGAGGGGACACAGAAAGGGACCCUCCUUGCAGCCACUUAGUGCUCAGCCUGGCCUCUCCCGUUGCGGAGCACACGCUCCGGACGCACAGGCUCAGCGGCCAUGGCUCACGGGCCCAGCCGCUCCGCGGCAUGUGGGAUCUUCCCGGACCGGGGCACGAACCCGUGUCCCCUGCGUCGGCAGGCGGACUCUCAACCACUGCGCCACCAGGGAAGCCCGCUAAUUACCUUCUUGGGUCGCCCUUUGCUACAUGUCUUGGGCUCAGAAAUGAGGCUGCGGAGACCAGGGGGCUCAGGUCUGGAGGGUGGGGUCGAGCCCAGGAGCACAGCCCAGGACAGCUGAGACCCAAGGCGGGUUGUGGAGAGCUCAGCUGCACACUGACCCCUGUGAGGGAGGAAUGUGGGCGGCCCCGAACUUGGGCAGCCCCUGAGCCCCUCUGCAGCUUCUCCAGGCCUGCGCUGGGCCUGCUGGUCUGACCUCUGCAUCAGCAGGAGAAAAGGGGGUGAGGGGUUUGGGAAAGCUGGGCAUGGGUAUGUCGGACCCUCUGCUCCCUGGCUGGUAGUGGGAGCUGAGGGCCACUCCCAGUGGGGAAGGCAGGGCCCGGAGGCCUGGCGGACCUGCCCUUCUUCAGAGGGAAGCCUCCCACGCCUUCGGUUUUGCCGGUGAAUGGCCUAGAGUAUCUGUUCCUGGUGGCCUCCAGGUUCUUCCUGAGGCUCCCCCAAACCCACACCGAUGCCGACGCUGUUCUAGAUCCUUCUAAAGCAUCACUCGGCUCAGCUCAAAGCUGGAAACACCAGGGUCUUUGUAAACAGUUAUUGAUACAGCAUGGCUCCGUGGCCAAGUCUGCGACGGCCCCUCAUGAGGCCAGUUCUCCUGAGUUGUAGGUGUAACUGAAACCCACCAGGAGCUUCCACACUGCCUUGGAAGGGGGGCCAGGGGAUACCUGCAUCCCAGAGCAAACCUAAAGUCUCAUAGGAGACCGUAGCACUGAGUGAUGGAGACUAGGGAAGCUGGCCUCCUCUGGAGACUGGCGUCCUGGCCACCCAGACGACCUCCAGGGAGGAGGCUCAUAUGCCGAGGAGUCUGUGAAGGGCAGUGGAGUAGCUGGAGGACCGACCAGGACUGCAGCCAGGGCCUGGCCCCCUGGGCUUCCUGCAUCACCCCAGGGGGUCAGGAGAACAGUGGCACCGGCUCGUUCUUCCUGGAAGAUGCGUGAGUCCGUUCUCUGCUGCCAGGUACCCAGAAACCUCCUCUCCUUCCAGGUGGAGGGCCACCUGCUCAAACGGCCUUGUAGUUUCCUUUGCACCUUAGCCAGGCACGCAGAUGGAUGGAAUGAUGGGAUCAGGGUGCAUCCAGGUCGUGUUGAGUCAGUCCACCCAGCAAGGCACCUGACCCCUGGCACGUGCUCCCAGACACUGGGUGAGGAGGUGCUAAGGUCGUGUGUACAUGGUUCUCAGCAGCUGUCGCCCAGCUCCUGAGAAACCCAGGAAAGGAAUUUGUCCUUUUGGGAAAGUCCACUUGUCUCUCUCCAUGUUAGGUCUCAUCUAUAGCUCUUAGCUUCUCCAUAAAGAGGAUACUGUCCCAACUAGCCGCAGAGUAAAAGAGGCUCUGUAUUUAGAAGCGUGACAAAUGCAUCAGGAACCAGACCAGAACAGGGAAACCCCGACUGUCCACAGAUUCCAACUUUAAUAGUAAGGCUGUGGAGUUACACAAACCUGUGUUAAAACAUGGAAUUCUCAUGGGUUUCACCUCCCCUUGUGGAUCAAUUUGGAAAAACCAAAAUAUAUAAUUUUAAAAAACUAAAACUCAUUCUGAUAAUCCCAGCGAUGUAUAAAUGAGAGAGAAGAAUAGACAGGCUUCCAAUCCCUGGUUAGAAAGCUGCUUAAUUACGUGCGCAUCUUAUAAUGAAGUCUCUUACAGCUACAAUUAGACUUUGAGUGCGUGCAUAUGCGAUAAUGUUUGCAAACCAGAAUGCAUUUUUUUCCCUUAAAAGUUGCAGGGGCUACUUGGUUCUUAGGGGGUCCCAAGAGGGGAGAUGGAAGUGUUGGGAUUGAUCUUUGUGGGUGCAAGAAUUCUUGGGGCUGAAGUUUGAUUUCUUUUGGCUGGAAACUUGGAGGUGUUUAAAAUGUGAUGCCUCCGAAGUGGUUCAUUAGCCUUUAGGGAGAAAUUGAUUGGUCUGAACCCACGUUGAUGACCACUCAGUAUUUGCCGAGUUGGCCUGAACAAGGUUGUUGGUUGCAUCCUCAAUGUUCAUUCCCCCAUUUCCUUUCCCAGCAGACCCUGAUGUCCGUUGGCAGGGGCGGGUUAUGAUGUGCUGGAGCUGUCUCUACCGUCACUUCUGGGGUGGGACGCGUGACCUAGACUGAGCCCACAGCACCCCCCAUCUCUCUGGCUACAGUGAUGUGUUCAGGUAUGGUCAUAUGAGCUAAGGCAAUGGAACCAGAUGGAAUUUCAAGACUUUUUCUGGGAAUGUUUUCAUGCACUCUGCUGGAUGUGAACGAGGAAGUAGGUAAUCCUGGGUCUUGAUGGUACCUGUCUUGCGAUCCUGGGGCAGGAACCGCUCCCAGCAUGAAGCUGAUAACUGAAGGGAGAGUCGGGAGGGAAGGAAACCAGGUCCUUGGUGACACUGUUAAGUACAGGAUCUAGCUUUGCCUGUGACUGGCCCUGCCCGUGGAUGGUUUUGUUACAUGAGCCAAUAUAGUCCCUUUACUGUUUAAGUUGGGUUGAGUCUGGUUUCUGUUACUUACAACCCAGAGCUGUGUACAAAGGGCUUGGGUUGAGAGGCCCUGGGGUUCUGACAUUCUCUGUCUCUGUGGCUGAAGCAGAUGAAGACGGAGGCUCGGACAAGAAUGAGCUGUCCGAUUAGGAAGUUGCUUUUUACGGGAAUGGGGGGUGGGUGUGAAAUCCUCAGGAGGAAGCUGUGCUCUGUCAGCCAGGACAAGUAGCAUCUUUAAGGCAGUACAGUAUGAGGUCACCUGCAUAUCCUGAGAAAAUCAUUCCUCUUGGUCGCCCAGCCCACACUAGAAGCUGUCUCCUUUAAUCCUUAACCAAUGCUAUGUGAUUAUCUCCACUUGACAGAUGAGAGGACUGGGAUAGUAAUCUGUGAUGAUUAUAAAACCGUGGUCCUGUUCUAUUUACCGUAACUCCUUUCAUGGAGAAUAUGAUGUCGUGUUGGAAGGAAUGCUUUGACAAGUUACUUGGAUUGAGCGUGAGACCCCCUCUGAGGGACAUGUUCAGGUAACAGCUGACGGGCAGUAAACUGGAGGCAGUAACCUGGAGGAGGGUAGGUCUGCGUAGCCCUGCCGCUUCGGUUUUGCUGAGUUGGACACGCAAGCUUGGGGCAAAGCAGAACCGCUGCCAUUGGCGGAGACGUGGGAUGAUGCCACUGAGAGGCUCCCUCCUCUGUUUUAACCUCUUUAACCCUACUGUGUGCUAAAAAUUGGAGGGACAAAGGGAGUUAUGUGUGGCCCUUCAAACUCUCCGUGGAAAGUCUGGCGAUAAUACAGUGUGCAGGACAGAGGUCCAGGAAGUAUGUAGAGGGAGUCAAGAGUCCCAGGAAAUCGAUGUGAGUACAUUUGUCCCCAGUACUCCCUUUUGUGACUGAAGAUGGAUUUGGGGCCCUCCUGAGAACUUCUGCUAUGCAGAAGCAUUGCAGAAAUCUGGGUCCCUGCCGUGGGAAAUACGAGCACAUCUACCCAGAUGACAAGCAUAAUUGCUUCUAUAAAAGGAGGAAUCUUGAUAACAAAAAUGAAAACAAUUCCAGUUGAUGCUGGAUGCGUAAGCACGAGCUGAAUGAAUGAACUUUCCAAGGUGUCUUCGGCACCUGCGAUAUUCUUUUCAGGUUGAGACAGAUCCAUGGCUUGAUGAUGUAGCCAGUGAUGAUCAAUUACAGUAAAUAGUGUUCUUACAGGUCAGAAAGUGUCACAGAUGUCACCCCACAUGUGCCUCAGUGAGGUGGACAUUAUUUCUGUUUGCAGGGAAGAAAAAUUUAGUUUCUGCGACCGAGUUGCCCAAAGUUCAAAUCCUUUAUUUUACAGAUAAGAAAAAAUGAGACUGGGAAUGGGAACGGGUUUCCUACGAGGUUAGGCUGUGAGAAUGGGUGGGGGAACUAGGGCCGGAAUGUGGGCUCCCUCCCCAGAACCACCUGACUGCCCCUGUACGGCGUCCCCAUCACUCUUCAACAAGUUGCUGAACAUGAGGCACGUGUGCACGUCCAGCUCAUUUGGAAGCGACUCCAUUCGUUUCACUGCUAAUUCUUUGCCAAGAUGCUUUUUGGUGGACACCUGAGUUCAAUGUUAAGGGCCAUUUAUCAAGCACCCCCAGUACUUGAAAACCUGCUCAGAGCAGCACUUUUCAAAGGACCGGGGUUAAAGAGAGGCACCGUAAUUGGCACAAGAUAGGAGCCCAGAGUUUUCAUCCUAAGUUACCAGCACCCGAGGCAACAGAAAGGCCCUGCUCCUCCAAGAUGUUAAUAGAUAGGCAUCUUUGGUGGACCGGAGCCCAGCAGUCUGUGUGUUUAUGUAUAUGUGUUUGUGCAGGUGUGCGCUCCAGUUGCUGACAAACAGCUGCCCCUUUGAAUCACAUGCCAGCAUCCUGACCACUACAAGUGACAAGAGCCUGGAUGCCUGAGAAGCCAGUCUUCGUCAGGUCUCCUCCAAAAUGGAAAAGAGGAGAAAUAAAAUCCUCUUAACAUCAAAUGAUUUUUGUUUAUUCCUUCCAUUCUUUUUUUUUAAUUUGAUGAUCAAUUCACCAACAUUUUUUCGUUCACUUGAAAGGCUAUAUUUAUGUAUUUUUUCACUGGCUUUUAAACCAGUGAAGACAGGAACAGUAUCUAUCUUUGUAACCUCAGCCCUUAGCCCAUGACCUGAUAUGCAAGAGGCACAGGAAACAUUAGUGGAAGGAAGGAGGACGCAUGAAAAUCUUAAAUCGCCUGGCUUGUAAAGUUUCCAGGAAAGUAACAUCUUCCUGGAAAAUAAUACCUUUUUCUUCGUAUUUGUGAGCUGAGGAGACGUUGCUGAGACACUUGGUGAAUUUUUCCAUCCCCUGUUUGUUGAGACGCUUGGGGACUGGGUUGAUCUAUAAGCAUUCAGUGCCAGAGGUAAAAAAAAGUGAAGAAAUAUGGCAGCCCCCAAAUGCCACUGGAGAGUUGUUUUGAACUGUUACAUAAGUUCUCAGUCACCCAUCUGCUCCUGACUCAUAGAGAAGAACAGGAGACAAAUUGGCAGGAUUCUUGUCAAAAGCUCUUCCCUGGAUGUUCAGGUAAAUGGUCUAAUGGUGUCAUCCCCACCUCUGCUCCCCAUGGGAGCCUCCACUGCCGAUGGACGCCAUUCUUGUUUGCCUUGGGACAGGUAGCUUCUCUACCUCCUCCAGAUCUGCAGCUCAUUCCUUAAAGUUAAUCAUUAAACCUCUAGCAAAACUUUUUUCUUCUAAAUAAAAACCUCCUUUCUAUUGGAGGCUCCGAGGUGUAGCACACAGAACACCCGAUUCACCCUUCCUUUUUCUCCUGAGAGCAACAGAAGAGGGAGAGUGUUUGGAUGGGUGGCAAGAGAGGGAAGGAUGGAGGGGAUAUCCUCCCUGGACCGACUCCCAUGCCCUGGCUCAGGCAGGAAAUGAGGAAGGUUUCUCCCCCAGCCCCACUUCCCAAGUUAGGUGAGGUAGAGCCUUUCUCUCUAUGAGAUGGCGCAAGGGUGAGAGAUGCAGAGACAGAGCAAGGAGGGUCUGCCUCCGAGGCAGCCUGGAGCUCCUUGACCCAGCAGCCUUACAGAGUCUAAAGCUCACUGUAUCCAUUAUCUAUCAGCAGGUGACAAAUUACCACCAAAUUUAGGCAUAGCUUAGAGCCACAACUUUAAAGAAACAUUCAUUAACUAAGAGUUCCUCUGGGUCAGGAAUCCGGGCACCGCUUAACGGGGUCCUCCCACUCAAGGACUCUCAUGAGGCUGCACCCAAGAAGUUGGCUGGGCUGCAGCCUCAUCUGAGGGUUCAGCUGGGACAGGACUCAGUUCCAAGCUCCUUCAUGUCGUCAUUGGCAGAAUUCAGUUUCCCACGGGCUGUUGGACCGAGGACCUCCAUUUCUCACUGGCUGUUGGCCAGAGGCCACGCUUGGCUCCUUGCCAUGUGAGCUUCUCCGUAAGGCUUGAUUCAUCAGAGUAAGAAUGUGAGAAGACCUAAAGAGAGUGUGAACAAGACAGAAGCCACAGUUUUUUGGUAACCUAAUCUUGGAAAUCACAUCCCAUCACUUUUACUGUAUUGUAUUCGUUAGAAGCAAGUCAGAAGGUUCAGCCUACAUCCAGGGGAGGGGAGUAUAUAGGGGCAUGAAUACCGAAAGGUGAGAUCAUUUGGGAGCCGUUUCGUAGCUGCCCGCCAACUCCAGCGGAGGACCUUCGACCGUUGAGUCAGUCCCUUCACAGUCUGCCCCGCGGCUGCUUCCGCUGGGUGUCUCCCCAGCACAGAGCCACACCACCGCCCUCAGCACCCUGAGCAAUGCUUCCCUAGACCCACAGGCUGGCGGGGCUCCUGCCUACAUCACUGUUAACGGUGAGGGCUCGUUUCCUGCCGUCUCCUCCCUUAUAAUCACAGGCAUCACUUCUUGAUACCAAGGAGAACUGUCCUGGUCCCCACAUUCAGCCUGGCAGGGAACCAACAAGUCAGGAAAACUCUGGCCAGACAUCCUAACGGGAUGGCCCACUCCUUGGGCUCACCCGUGAAACCAGCUCUUGGCAUAAUCCGUUACUCCCUGUUCCGCCCGGGCCUCCCCUGCUCCACGGCCACAUUAACCUCCAUCAGAUAAUUAAGGGCUUGGCUUUCCAUGAGAGGCCUUAAAUGUCACCUUUCUGCCACCCAAUACGUCUUUGAAUGACACAGACGCUAAUGAGAUGUUCAAAUAUAGAAAACUGAAUGACUCCUUGCCUUCACUGUGACAUUUGUUCAGCCGGAGUGAUCUGACUACCCCACUACAUUACUUAUAAUUUCUCCCUGACCUUGGGUGGUGGAGUGUAAUCUUUAAGGAAACUACCCAUUUAUUUUCCCUCACCUUAUUAGCAUUUAAUUACUAUGACACAUUUUCAGAUGUACCAAGCAUGUUAGGAUUAUAAUUGAAUUUUCCCUUCCAACGGCCCAGUAGCCAAGGACAGUGGGACCAUCUCGGGCACCACUGAGUUCUGACUGAGGAAGCCUCCUGGACCUGACUUCGUCUCCUGCCCCUCAGAGCACCAAGCAGGGCUUAUCCAACCAUGGCUGCCCCGUCCAAGGACCCUCUGCCCAGACCUUCUCUCUCUGUCUUUCUCAUCACUGGGCUGAGGUUGUUUUGCUGCUCAGGGUCAGGCCAAGUCAUGGGGCCAGGAAGAGGAUGUUGGGUGCAAAGGAUGCCAGCAAACCCUCAGAUCUGACAGCUGCGCUGGGCAGUGGAUUCCAAAAGUGAAACGUUUUAUGCAGACUUUUGAUUGCAGAAGAACAACAGAUGGAAAUAAUCCAGAGACACGCUCAGCUAUUCUCACUCCUUUAAACACCCACAUGCUGUUUCUGUGAAUUACUCUGCCAUUUUCCCACAGAAAUGCCCUGUUUGAUACCUCUUGCAUGUGCUAACCCCAUAGAUCACUGAGCUAGUCCUCGGAUGUGGAGAAUAAGACAACUCUGAGGAGAGGAAAGCUCACCAGACCUGGGAUCUGCAGAAUUUGGGCUCCAGAACUGUCUGGGCCACUAACCAUCCAUGCAUCUGUGGAAGAUUCCUUCCCCUUCUCUAUCACUCACACAUGGCGGUGGAGGUGACAUCUGGGUUUAACCUCACGACCUUGUCUUCCCAGCCACAGUUCAUUGGGACUCUCUAACCUGAGCUGGGGUGAUCCGAUUCUCUCUUUUGGUCACUUGGACUUGGGCCUGAGAGACACAAGCCUGUCUGCCAGGUGUGUGAAAUGAAACCACGGGAGCGUGGGGUCCAUGGAGCAUGGGCACCAGUAUGCACAAGGUCUCUGCAGAGAGAACAAUGGGUGAUGUCAUUGUCCUGGGAGAAGGAGAACCUAGGAGUAAAUACCCCAGAGGGAGACGAGACGGUAGCUGUUAAUAUUAAGGUUAAAUGAAAACCAAAACACAAGACAAAAGUUAUGCACCUAAUCCAAUCACUACCCUCAUUUGUCCAUAUAGUUUUCUAGUCCCUUAUCAUAUGCUAAUUUAAUUUUUUACCUAUGUGAACUAAUGUAGACUUUUACUUUCCUCUUUAUUUAGCAUGAUAUUACGAACAUUUUCCCAUUUUGCUAUAGUCUUUUUUGUAUCUUCCCCCCCACCAAUUUCCUUUCUUUUCAAACCUUCCUGUCCUGUCCCCAGUAUAGUCCCAAUAGUGACAGCCUGGUGUAAUCCAUUCAGACCCUUCUCUAUAUUCCUAUGAAUAUGUAAAAGCAUGUGUGUGUGUGUCUCUAUGACUAUAUCCAUAUAGCUACAUCCAUGAACAUAGUGCAUCAUUUAGUGGAAGCUAAAAAGGAAGAACAAUCUGCAUUGUAUAAUCACAUUUUUGCAAAAUCAAAUGAUGGCCCCCAAAAUUCAAUUUCACUCUUUUAGGAAGGUAGCAUAAUAUUCUCUAGUAAGGAUCUCCAAAAGAGGGUGCAUACACCCCAUUGGCACAAGGAAAAACUAUUCAAAGUUUUAUCUCUCUUUAUUUUUAUCUCACCUUUUUAAAAUUUCUAUUUUGUAUGUGUUUAUCCUACAGUUAAGAUAAUAUCCAUAUUUGGGAGGUGCAUGCUAUCACUAAAUGAGCAAUCCAAAAAAAGCCCCUUAGAGGGCUUCCCUGGUGGCGCAGUGGUUGAGGGUCCGCCUGCCGAUGCAGGCGACGCGGGUUCGUGCCCCGGUCCGGGAAGAUCUCACAUGCCACGGAGCGGCUGGGCCCGUGAGCCAUGGCCGCUGAGCCUGCGCGUCGGAGCCUGUGCUCCGCAACAGGAGAGGCCACAACAGUGAGAGGCCCGCAUACCGCAAAAAAAAACAAAACAAAAACAAAAAAAAUACUUAGAGACCACCAGUCUACAGAAUCAGAGAACACUUUAUUCAUACAUUGCCCUUUUGAUGGAUAUCCAGGCAAUUUCUAGUUAGGGCCACUACAAACUAUGCUGAAAAAAGCAUCACUCCACAUAUGCAUUUCUAUACGAGUGCUUUUAGAGCUAUAGGACAGAUUCCCAAAAGUUAAACUGCUGGUUCAAAGGGGGUGUGUACUUAUAAUUUUAAUCAAUACUGGUGGCCUGCUCUCAGAAAAGUCUGUAACGAUUCAUAUUCCCAUCAGCAACGUAUAAAAUGCUCAUUCCCCUGCGUCUUCAUGGGCUUUGGGAAUUAUCAGUCUUUCUCGUGUUUGCCAGUCCAGUGGAUGGGUUGAGAAAUGGCGUCCAAUCUUUAAGGGCCCAUUAUGUAUAGGUGACGGCAUUGGACGAGAUGACCUCUAGGCUCCUUCCAGCUCAAGUGUCCAUGCUUCUCUAAUUAUCUGUUUUCAGAGCUUACCUGCUCCAGGUGUGUCUCUAGUCCCCACUGACUAGCCGUUUGUGAAUCCCAGAGACACCUAUGGAACAGUUGCUAGAAACCAACGAAUCCAGGACUAGAAGGAAAGCUAGCUGAAUGCCAUCCAGAGGGUCAUCUUGACAAUACUGUUCAGCUUGUAAAAACCAACUAGGCUAAAUCCCUGCAAUUUCAUCCAGAACAAAUACUAAAAAGCAGUGUGUGAUAUUUCUAGGAUGAGCAUAUUCAUAGUAAAUAUUUUAAGAUCAAUGGCUGCACAAAAUGGUUUUCCUUUGAGUUUCACUUUUCAAAUGGCUUUGUAUUAAAAGUGAAAUUUCAAUAAAUAUUCAUGGGGAAAUUCA